GUUGCAAUCUCAGUCAAUGUUGAUGAUCCACCGAUCCUACAAUUCACACAAUAUUCGAUUCCUUGUUUGAAAUCUGCAGUGUUGGCGCUGUGCGUUAAAACCCUAGAAAACCCUAAAAUUUCGUUCAGAGAUUGCCAACGAAGGUAAUGGCGUCUGGUCAUAUAGCCGGUGGUGGAGUUUCGAAGACGAAGCAUAAAGGGAGUGACAAUGGCAACAAAAGCCAAAAACGUUCGAAACCCACGAUGGUGAGGCCGAUUCCGCUCGUGUCUCCGUCUAAUUCGCUUGGUUCGGAGGAUAAUCUUCAGAUGAUGAAGAUAAGUUUGAGCUCAAUUUCCAAGCUUGAAGUUAGGAACUUGAAGCGGAAACUAAUGGCUGAGCUUGACGAAGUUAGGAGCUUGAUUAAGCGGCUCGAACCACAAAGUAACUCCGCCGGGGAUUUUCAGCCUAGGUCGGCGGCGGAACCGCCUCUGUCGAACAAGAAGGUGAAAACAGCAAACGGUGGUGGUAAGAAGGGUGGAGUACACGGAGCAGCUGCUGAUAAAGGUACGGUUCAGAUUCUGAAGAGCUGCAACAAUUUGCUUACAAAGUUGAUGAAGCAUAAGUCUGGAUGGAUUUUUAAUACUCCAGUUGAUGCCGUUGGGCUUGGUUUACAUGAUUAUCACAAUAUAGUUGAGCAGCCUAUGGAUUUGGGAACAGUAAAGACUAGGUUGAGUAAGAGUUGGUACAAGUCACCUUUGGAGUUUGCUGAGGAUGUGAGACUUACUUUUAACAAUGCGAUGCUGUAUAAUCCUGUGGGGCAUGAUGUGCAUGGUAUGGCUAAGAUUUUGUUGAAUCUGUUUGAAGAGAAAUGGCCGCCGCUUGAAAAGCAGUAUGAGUUACUUAAUAGGAGGCAACAACCAGUUCGUGAUAUUGAUUUCCAUGCUCCUGUUUCAACGAGCACUCAUAAUGUAAACCCAUUACCGUUGCCUGCUCCAUCACCUUCCUCGUCUCCUCCUCCUCCUCGUCCUCCUUUGCCUACAGUAGUUGAAAAUAGGACUCUGGAGAGAGCAGAAUCUAUGACAAACCCAGUGGAACCAGCAGUUCUAACUGUUGUCCCUGAGAAGCCUGAAAAAGAGGAUGCGUCUGGAAACAGGGACCUGACAUUUGAUGAGAAGCGGAGACUUAGUGAGGACCUUCAGGAUUUACCUUAUGACAAACUAGAGGCAGUUGUGCAGAUUAUAAAGAAGAGUAAUCCAGAACUUGCUCAACAAGAUGAUGAGAUUGAGUUAGAUAUUGAUAGUCUUGAUCUCGGAACACUUUGGGAGCUUUACAGAUUCGUCACUGAAUAUAAGGACAGCUCGAGCAAGAAAAAGGAGCAACUGGCAUUGGGCUCAGAAAGAGAUGCUGAAUCUGUUCACAAUAGUGUCCAAGAACUGAACAAUCUAACAACUGGCCUUAAAUCCCCAAAAGUUACUGAAUUAGAUCAUGUGGCAUCCCCUGUUCGACAAGAAGGAAAUGCUGGUGGAUCAAGUAGUUCUAAUAGUUCUAGUAGUGGCUCAGGCUCGUGUUCUAGUGAUUCUGAUAGCGACAGCUCAGGGCAUGGAUCUUAAUAUGGCAAUUAACCAAGAUGGUGAAAGUAUUUACUAUUUAGCAUAGGUGGGAGCCAUCAUGUAGUCGAACUUUUUGCAUCUUAUAUAGUAGCAAAGCUAGAUUGCCUUUUUCCAGCUUUUCCCCCAUCGGAUUGUUUCUGUAUUAGGUUCUUGUCAACUGUACAGCAAAGUAAACUUUUUUUAAGUGUUUUGUUUCGGCCUUGUCAUUAACUGAGCAGGCUUGUUCUUAAUUGUUUUGUGGUUUUACAUUUAUAAUUUUUCUCCUAUGGCCAUUACUGGAUUUUCUUCAA